AUUUGUGAUAACAAAGUCCAUCGUGACUCAGGCCAUCUUGAUUCAGGAUUUUUGUGUCAUACUUAUCAAACUCAAGCUUGUCAUAAAUCAGUUCUAAAUCCAAGCUUGUUCCAACUAGGAUCUGAUCAUUCACCAACAAUCACUUCGAAGGCCGGUCUACCUGAAACUCAGACUACUUCAAUACUUCAGUACUUUCAAGAUCUUGAAAAAAGUACAAGUUAG